UGCGAGCGCAAUUUGACCCACGAUCAUGCUACGUGUUAUCUGCGCAUAUCAUCUGAGACACUCAAUACCCUCUUCCUGGACGUAGCGCGUAUUUUACUGAUGCCCGUCUCCUUUUGAAAACGCUGCCGGUGCUGGAACAGAAGCCGUUCAAUAGCACAAACGCGUCGACGAGUGCGUCAGUUAGGAGUGGUUCAACCCAUAGCGAUUCAGCUAUGAAUGUGUCGCAGAAAGUUGCCGAGUGGUUAACGUGGGAUAAGAAUGAAACCACUAGGAAGCACAUCGAACAUCUUCAGAAGGUUGGGGACACCGACCAGCUGCAACGUCUGCUGCUUAAACGACUACAGUUUGGAACUGCAGGCCUCCGUGGAGUCAUGGGCCCCGGCUAUGCCGCGAUGAAUGAUCUGGUCAUCAUCCAAACUUCACAAGGUGUCGCAAAGUAUGUGCAGAGCAUGCUUCCCGAUGCAACAAAGAAAGGAGUCGUCGUCAGCUUCGAUGGUCGCUACAACAGUCACAGGUUUGCCCAGCUGGUGGCAGUGGCCUUCUUGCAGCUGAACAUUCCAGUGCGCCUCUUCAGCAAAGUGACUCCCACACCUUUCAUACCCUUCACUGUCUUGCACCUGGGCUGCUCGGCAGGCAUAAUGGUCACAGCAUCUCACAACCCUAAGGAUGACAAUGGCUACAAGGUCUACUGGAGCAAUGGCACUCAGAUAAUCUCGCCUCACGACAGUGGUGUUCAAGCCAGCAUUGAAAAGAACCUGGAACCCUGGCCAGAAGCUUGGAACAUUGAUCUGACUAAGACAAGCCCACUGUGUACCGACCCAUUGGCAGAAGUCAGCAAGAAAUACUUUGACAUUAUUGCAUCUAAUAUUUAUGACAGGUCCAUGAAUGAAAACUGCGGGCUGACAUUCACAUUUACGUCAAUGCAUGGUGUGUCUCAUCCGUACAUGGUUAAAGCAUUUGAAACAUGUGGUUUCAAGCACUACAUUCCAGUCAAAGAACAGAUGGACCCCGACCCCGAGUUCCCCACAGUCAAGUUCCCAAAUCCAGAAGAAGGAAAAAGCUCACUGGAUUUGUCUUUCAUUACCGCUAACAAAGCAAACAGCAAAUUGAUUUUGGCAAAUGACCCUGAUGCAGACAGGCUAGCCGUGGCUGAAAAACAAUCCAAUGGAGAAUGGAGAGUGUUCACGGGCAAUGAAAUUGGUGGCCUGCUUGGCUGGUGGCUGUGGCGUUGCUACAGAGCAAAAAACCCCAACACUCCUGCUGAAGAUGUCUACAUGAUCUCCAGCACUGUGUCUUCAAAGAUUCUGUCCUCCAUAGCUGCAAAGGAAGGCUUUAAAUUUGUUGAAACACUCACUGGCUUCAAGUGGAUGGGCAACAAGACAUGUGAACUAAUGAAAGCUGGCAAAACUGUCUUGCUCGCCUUUGAGGAAGCCAUUGGUUACAUGUGCGGUACAGCGGUGAUUGACAAGGAUGGUGUGAGUGCUGCCAUGCACGUAGCUCAGAUGGCUGCCUACCUUGAGACACAGAAACUGACACUGACAGAGCAGCUGAAUGUCUUGUUUGACAAUUAUGGCUAUCACGUGUCGAAUAACUCGUACUACAUCUGCCAUCACCAGCCAACAAUUCAGAAGAUGUUUGAGCGUCUACGAAACUUCAAUGGCAAGGACACGUAUCCACGCAAGAUUGGCUCUUACACCAUCAAGAACAUCAGGGACCUGACUACGGGAUAUGAUGACACACAGCCCAACAAGAAGGCAAUACUCCCCACGAGCAGUUCAAGCCAAAUGAUCACAUUCUACUUAGACAAUGGCUGUGUCAUUACCAUUCGAACGAGUGGAACAGAGCCAAAGAUAAAAUAUUAUAGUGAGCUCUGCUCAAAACCUGGUACUGACAGAAAGUCAUGGAAGAAGCUUGAGGAUGAACUGAAUCACGUCGUAUCUUUGAUGGUUCAAGAAUUUUACCAGCCAGAGCUGAAUGGCCUGGGUCCAAAGGCUGAUUGAAUAGGCAGCAACAUUGUCUCUUACAUACUAUUGGUUGGUUUUUAAAUGCAGUCGAUGUCAUUUGUCAUUUAGGAAGAAAGAUAUCUUUGUUCAGCUUAAUUCGGAUAUUGUUAAGCUUCAAAAAUAAAAUCCAAAUUUACAGGUAAUGAAUUAAGAAGAAAGAAAAGAGCCUCUGUUUAGAAUUCGGCGGCUAUAUUUUCCAUAUACAGUCUAGAUUUAUUUUUAAUAUAUGACGUUGUCCAUGAAUUAUGUGUUUAUACAAAAUAAAUAUUUCUUAUUUUCA